AUGAGUUAUAAGGACAACUUCAGUCACACACUCACACAUAUAUAUAUAUAUAUUUAUAUGAAUAUAUUUUUAUUGUCUUUUCGUCACCAAGCACUGGCGAGUAGCCUGUGUAAUAUUUAUGAUUUACAUUUUCCCUUUUUGAUACUUAUAUGCGGUUUUGGGGUCAUCGAAAAACAUGGAGAAAGUCCAUGUUUUUAUAGGAUCAAGGGGAAAACAGGCUUGCUUGGGACAAGAAUAGUUCAUUUAGGAAAGUUUGAAUGACUAAAACGAUUAAUGGAAAGAAACUUAUUACAUUUAGCGAUAGUAAUAUAUAUUUUUUAUAUUUUUGUGAAUCUUUUGCUUAGCACUAGCGUUAAUUGUAGCCCAUCUUUGCAGUACAAAACGGGGAGUCGUUACUUUUGGCA